AGGACGAGGAGAGGUCACAAUGGGCUCUGUCCGAAGACUGUGACAUUCACCUCGACGCAUCCCUCAUCAAAGAUUUCGAAGAUAUAUUUACUACUAUUGUCACCUAUCAGAAACAGAACCCUGAUCUUGUAAAGAAUCUCGACAAGAGAACCCAGCUACCAGGCGAGGUCGAGAUCGAGCCGUUUCUUCACCUUAUGCUUCUUCAGAUCCUGGAGACAUACGCCAUGAUACGAGCCAUCAAAUUGAAGCAACUUCCCGGGGAUCACGUAAAUGAAGCGACAUGGCGAGUGCCCGUUAACGCGCUGCUCUUGCACACGUUCACCCACAAGGACCAAGAAUUCCAAACAGACAUAGCUUUUCGCCCCGAUGCGGCUGAAGGUCACGGUAACGAGCGGUAAGUUCUGCGUCACUUAUUCAUGUCUCUAUUUCCUUGGGCGGUGACAUCGGGACACCUUUUAGGCUAGAGUGCACCCUGAGGCUUCCGGAAAGCAUGGCGCUGUCCCAGUACCUUUCUGGCGUGGACAAACCCUCAGUGGCGGAGUGGGGAAAGCGACUUGUGAAAGCGGCUGACAAGCACGCCCCCUUUGAUGUUGUGGCGGAGUUGACAGCAAGAAUGGGUCCCAUGUACCCGGAAUCGACUGACACUGUGCUGCACGAGCUUACGUCCGCACAGGCGAUGCUCUCUCGUGUUUUCCAGUGGACCCGUGAUCUCAAUGACUAUCACAUUCUCCGCCGGGCCACUCUGAUUAGGGAGAGGGCGAUCUGUGAUGCAAUCGCAUCUUUUCGUGUCCCUGUGCUCGGGGUCUCGUCCGGACUUCUCCAAGAUUUCGCACUGAUCGGCACGUCUUCAGGGCCCGCUAUGAAGCGGGCAUCAGACGCCACGUCCGGGGAAGAUGCAUUCUUCGUGAAAACCCAAGCGACCCACUACCGUCCACCGGACAUUAUGCCCAGCAAACAUCCUACCAGGCUUAGACAGAAGGCAGACGACUCAGCCAACAAGGACAAGGAGACUUUCGCCAAACCCAAGUCCGUUACCGCCGACCUCCUCCAGCUUCCCGUGCUCAUUGCCGAGUGGAAGAAGGAGGGAGGUGAUGCAGAACAGGUGGCGAACCAGCACUACAUCGACCUCGUGGCGAGCGUGAAAUUUCUCCAGGUCUGCGGCAUCACCGAUUUCCCCGUGUUUGGCUUGAGGUCCGACGGACCGAUCCUCCUCCUCGAUUACGCAUACGCGACGCCACCCAGUGGCGACGGUACGGAUUCCGUCAUCACCGUCUGCGAUCGCAAUGCCGUCCAGUACGACCUGAAGAGUCCUAUGGGCAUCUGGCGAUUUGCAACGGCCAUGGUCUCGAUCAUUCGGUGCCACAUGCCGCGGCUUUUGCACAAGUGGGAAGAGGCGCAGAAGACGUACGGAACGGCGCCGACGGUUGGCACCCCGCCGGAUCACCCCAGUCGCCUGCAUGGGCAUGGACUCGUCUCGAGGGGCGACCCCAACAGUGACGAGCUGCGCAAACUGCCACGGUGGAGGUCCACGUCCGUUCAGAAGGCCGCGAUUCAGGAUAAGGUCAAGAGCUUGAAGGAAAAGUACGAGUGUGAGCCGAAUGCGAGUGCGCCUGAGGCGUUAAAGGUUCUGGCUGACACAGAGAGACUCUUAAAUAAGGAAGAGAACAAGAAAGAUGGUAGGGACAGGCAGCAGACAGACACGGGCGAUGGGAAGUUGGACGCUCGGGGCCUUAAACGGUCAUACCCUUUUGGCUCGGAAUGAACAUAUAUUUGUUGCAAUGUUCUUGGAGCUACGCAAGUGAUAGCAAUUACCGGCCGAAGGCAUCUCG